AUGAGCUCAUUUGCUGAUCAAAUAGAAAAAGAUGUUCAAUCUAUGUUAAAAAAAUACAAUGCUAAAGAUUGCAUUACUAAAGAUGAAGCAAUUUCUUACUUCAAGAACUCUGGAAGCAAAUUCCCAGAAAGAAAUGCAAGUUAUCUAUUCAAAGCCAUGGAUUUGGAUCAUGAUGGCAAAUUAACCUUAGAUGAGAUUAGAGCAGGACUUAUUAAAGAGUAUUCUGAAAAGUUGGAGGAUACCAUCGAACUCGAUAUUGACGCCUUUUUUUUGAAACAUGAUAUCAACAAGGACCAAAAAAUUCAUAAGAAGGAAAUGAUUCAAUACUUUGAAGAUCUUGGAACCCAAUUUCCAUCCCAAGCAGCUGAGGCCAUCUUUAAAGAUAUUGAUACGGAUAAAGAUAACGUCAUUACUCCAAAUGAAUUAGAAAAGGUAAAUAUAUUACAAUACUAA